GGAAGGGCGAUUUUCUCUAACAGCUCGACCUAUUAGGACUGAGCGAAUUUCUUGAUCCGCGUGUAUUUCAAUGAUUUGGAGUUGGAGACGUCUUUGACGACCAUCAGCACUUGCCCACGGACAACUCGACUUCAUCAUGGUCCAUGAACCUGCAAGCAAUGAAGCGAUUGAGAAUAUGAACAUCACUGCGGAAUGGAAUGAGACAAGGAAAGAGAUUACAAAGCUGGAUGGUCCUGAGGUGUUGGGUCAGGGGUAUGAGUGGGGAGAUGGACAUGCGAUGGAUGAGUAUGAUGCUGGGUUUUAUGGAUAUUUGUACUGAGCGUACCGCCAUCCCCCGCCCUACUUUCUCCUCCUUCUCGUCUACUUCCGGCUUGGGAUAUGUGGCGUGCUAAAAGUGUUCAUAGCUCGUAAGUCUUCGCAGACGACAAGUUCCACUCGGAGUUUGCAAAAUACCCCAGGAAUAGAGGGGAGAGGAGAAGAGACAGACAUGCAGUACUUCAC